AACAGACCCAUACAUACAUAUAUCCUGAAUCACGUGACGAGCUGGCGACGUGGUGAGUCUAGUUUACAUCGUAUGUAUGACAUCUAUGACAUUGACUUCUAUGCAAUUCAAAGCAUUUAACCAACAAUCAAGAGUAAUUGACAAGCGUUAGUGUCAGUCAGAGUAUAACUAGUAGCAACGAAUUAAGAAAAAUGGUCCUAGAGGAUUAUAAAGAAAUUGUUGGACUUUGUGCCAUGUAUACUACGAUGGCACAUAUGCUGUCCGGAACAUUAAUAUGUCGCAACAUACAUAAGAAAGGUUCAUCCAGUGGAGUUGAUCCAAUGCCUUUUCUUGGUGGUAUAGGAGUAUGUAUAUUGAUGCUUCGGUACGCUUGGAUGUUAGAUGAUUCUAACAUGAUAAAUGUUAAUAUAUUUGGUUUAUUGACAAACGUGAUUUAUAUGAUUAUCUAUUACCUCUAUGCUCCAAAUACGAAUGAAGUGCUUAAAUUAAUAUAUAAAGUAACAAUCUUUGUUGUAAUUUUUCUUGUCUAUGCACAAAUAGAACAUCCAACAAACGUUGAAUUCAGAUUUGGCAUUGUGGUUACAGUACUUCUCCUUCUUUUAAUAGCAGCUCCUCUUGCACAUCUUAGAACCGUUAUAGAAACGAAAAAUACAGCGAUUCUUCCAUUUCCACUUAUCUUUAUGGGUACACUAGUUUCAUUUCAGUGGUUAUUGUACGGCAUUACCAUUAACAAUGUUUUUAUUAUUGUUCAGAAUGCAGUUGGUUUUACGCUUAGUGUAGCUCAACUAUCUCUAUUUGUGAUAUUUCCAUCUAAAAAGUUAAAAGUUGAAUUAUCGGAUGAGCAGAGUAAGAAAAAUUAAUUUUUGAAAUUUUUAAAGGAAAUAUAUUUUUUAUAUUUAAAAUUAUUAUAUAUGUAUACUUACGUACAGUAUUUAGAUUUAAUACUGUAAUGAAUAAUAUUUAUCAACAGUAUUUAACUAAAAACAAGUAAAGUUCGUAAGUAUAAGAUAUUCCAAUACCGUAAAAGACAAUAUGAAGCAUUUUAUGUAUAUUACUUUGUUAUAAAGUAUAUCAUAUUUUGUUAUAUA